UGCGCUCCUCUGCUCGGAGACGCUGCCUUGUCACUCGUGGUCUUGCGCAGGGAGCGCCCAGCCCAGGAGGAGCCGCGCCGCCGCCGCCCCACGGAGCCGCAGAGGAAGCCCGCCCGAAGCCGCCGGCAAGAUGCCGAAGACGAUCAGUGUGCGAGUUACCACUAUGGAUGCUGAGCUGGAAUUCGCCAUCCAGCCCAACACGACUGGGAAGCAACUGUUUGACCAGGUUGUAAAAACAAUAGGCCUGAGAGAAGUUUGGUUCUUUGGACUUCAGUACCAGGACACCAAGGGCUUCUCAACAUGGCUGAAGCUGAACAAAAAGGUGACAGCUCAGGACGUGCGCAAAGAGUGUCCGUUGCUGUUCAAGUUCCGCGCCAAGUUCUACCCCGAGGAUGUGGCAGAGGAGCUGAUUCAAGACAUCACGCAGCGCCUGUUCUUCCUCCAAGUGAAGGAGGGCAUCUUGAACGAUGACAUCUACUGCCCCCCGGAAACUGCUGUCCUCCUGGCUUCUUAUGCCGUCCAGUCCAAAUACGGAGACUUCAACAAAGAGGUGCAUAAGCCAGGCUACCUCGCUGGUGACAAACUGCUUCCCCAGAGGGUUUUGGAACAGCACAAACUCAACAAGGAUCAGUGGGAGGAAAGGAUCCAGGUGUGGCAUGAAGAACAUCGGGGGAUGCUCAGAGAAGACGCCGUCCUGGAAUAUCUGAAAAUUGCACAGGAUCUGGAGAUGUAUGGUGUGAACUACUUCAGUAUUAAGAAUAAGAAGGGAUCAGAACUCUGGUUGGGAGUAGACGCCCUUGGACUCAACAUUUAUGAGCAUAAUGACCGGUUAACACCCAAAAUUGGAUUUCCAUGGAGUGAGAUCAGAAAUAUUUCAUUCAAUGAUAAGAAGUUUGUUAUCAAGCCGAUUGACAAGAAAGCACCAGACUUUGUAUUCUAUGCCCCACGGCUAAGGAUUAACAAGCGCAUCCUGGCUCUCUGCAUGGGGAACCAUGAGCUCUACAUGCGGAGGCGUAAGCCAGACACGAUUGAAGUGCAGCAGAUGAAGGCCCAAGCCCGGGAGGAGAAGCACCAGAAGCAGAUGGAGAGGUGUGUGCAGCGGAGCUCGGAGCAUGCGGCAACGGCUCGUGCGUGCCCAGCCUUGUUAGAGAAUGAAAAGAAGAAGAGGGAGCUGGCGGAGAAGGAGAAAGAGAAGAUUGAGCGUGAAAAAGAGGAACUCAUGGAACGGCUCAAGCAAAUUGAGGAACAAACCAAGAAAGCUCAGCUAGAGCUGGAAGAGCAGACCCGCCGGGCACUUGAGCUGGAGCAGGAAAGGAAGCGAGCUCAGGAGGAAGCAGAGAAGCUGGCGAAGGAGCGGCAGGAAGCCGAGGAGGCCAAGGAAGCCUUGCUGAAGGCAUCGCACGAUCAAAAGAAGACCCAGGAACAGCUGGCUGCUGAAAUGUUGGAGCUCACAACCAGGAUCUCACAGCUGGAAAUGGCCCGGCAGAAGAAAGAAAGCGAGGCCGUGCAGUGGCAGCAGAAGGCCCAGAUGGUUCAAGAAGACCUAGAAAAGACCAAAGAGGAGCUGAAGUCCGCCAUGAGCACGCCUCACGUCCUGGAGCCCAUGCAGUCGGAGAACGAGCAUGACGACGAGCAGGACGAGAACGCCGCGGAGGCCAGCGCGGAGCUGAGGGCGCACGCGUCUGCCAAGGACCGCAGUGAGGAGCAGCGCACCACGGAGGCCGAGAAGAACGAGCGGGUGCAGAAGCACCUGAAGGCUCUUACAUCUGAACUGGCCAAUGCUCGAGACGAGACAAAGAAGACCGCGAACGAUAUGAUCCAUGCUGAGAACAUGAGGCAAGGCCGCGACAAGUACAAGACCCUCCGCCAGAUCCGGCAGGGCAACACCAAGCAGCGCAUCGACGAAUUCGAGUCCAUGUAACCCCUCCUGUCUCUGUGGCCCCUGCGCUCUCCCUCCUUCCCACCGCCUCUCCCCUUUCUCUGUGUGUUAACUGCGUGAUGCUGGAGCCACUGCGGGAUGCUGCCAGGCCGUGCUGGGCCAGACGGGAAGCAGGUGGGGUGGGGAACUCAGCUGUGCCUUACCGCAAAUUUUCUGGGGGUGACGACUCCCACCGUUGCCCAGCCUGGGCUAGCGAGCGAUGCCCAUUCCAUGCCCCUCUGUGGGGCUCACGGUCCGUCAGGGGUGUCGUUGCCCCAGCAGCGACCGCUUCUCUCCCCACCCAGGCAGUGUCGGGGGCUCUGCUCCCCUGUCCCUGGGAGAAAAGCAAUGAGGAGAGCAGGCUGGACUAGAAUGCAGCCCUUUGCGCCUCACCUCAGAGACCAAAGCGUUCCGUAAUUCUCUGAAUCUCAGCAAACCGAGCACACGCCCCUGAUCUUUUUAGCAUUUUGCAUGUGCCACGACCUUUUAAAAGGUUGCAGAGGUCUGGAAUGGAUCGUUAAUCAUGAUAUCUAGAGUAGACAAGGUUAUUCCUCUUCGAACAGAAGAGCUCUUGCCAUAUCCAGUAGGAUGAACAUUUGGCCACCCAUCUUGCUUUGCCUGAGUGUUUAAAAGAGGCUUUGAGCCAGCCAUGAGUAUUUCUCCGAGGGGAGAUGUACCUUCAGGGUCUCCAGCACACGCAUCACGCCUUCCGGUGCCUUAGGACACGUUCAUUCCCUUUUCUAACAGUGUCAGGUUUUUAUACAGCGCUCUCUGGUUUACUUAACUCACUUUGUAACAUCAUGGGUUUUUCCUGUUCAUAUUUUCUCCACAUCACCAGCCAUUUGUACUGUUGUGAUUUCGGCCUUUUAUUUUUAUCAUUUUAGAAAAGGGUUUCUUUUUAUUUCAUUUUUGGAAGAUGGCAGCCUGUCCGUAUUUUCUAGAUCUGUUGCCUUGGAGUGCCUUUUGCUCUUUGAGUUUGUAAAAUAAUUUGUGGCUCUCGCUGGAGGAGCUGCCUGUCUAUCACCACCUUUGCCAGCCUGCUGUUCUCCGGAUGUGUUUGGAGUAGAACUCCCACGUUGGCAAGGCUGGUCUACCAAUUCCACGCUGGGACAGAGCUUCUCGGUGCCGCUUUGCCAUCAACGCGCCAAGGGGGCCUGCCCACCUGUGACCUUCUGCAUUCAUGAAGGACAUAUGGAGGCUUCACCGGGGAGCUUCCUCGGAGGCAGAUGACUUCUGCCCAUGCCCCCAAGCCUCUCCCCACAAUGAAUUUUCCGGACGGGCUCAGCGGAUCAACCGCUCUGUUCCGCAGUCCUCUAGGCACCCGUUACCUGGCAUCAUCCAGGUUAACUUCCAUGCUUUAGGAUAUGCACCAUCUCUCCCAGUCUGCUGUGGGUUUCCUGAAUUUCCCUUGUGCACACAAACACACCCACACGCUUUCAGAGUACAUCAAUCCGAAAAGAGUUACUGCAAGCGCGAGUGCAAUGAGGAAAAGAAGUAACUGGUGCAGCCAACACCUGUGGAGAGGGGCUAGGAAGAAGCUUGUGCAGGUCACUUCCACCGAGGGCCCUGGACAGGGUUUCGGGUUCCAGAUCUUUGCUCCAAGCCACCCUGCCUGCUUGGCGUGGCUUGCCCAGGAUGCCGCUCUCUCAGCGCUUCCAGAGAGUACCAAGGAAAGGACAGUGUGCAUGUCCAGACACUCCUUUUCCCACCCCUUUGGACAUAAUGUGCCUUAGGAAAAGGAUGGGGCUGUGGGCCAUGACCCACCAGCCCCUCCACCCCCUGAAAAUGUGCAGCCCCGUUGCUUUGGCCAUUUUUUAAAACAACGGUGUUAGAACUGUUUUAUAUGGAAGAGAUAAAUUUGCAAUGCGCUCGCUCUUUCUCUCGUUACUGGGUCACCAUUAAAGCUGCUCCCAGUGCUUCAGCUUGCUCCUGGUGGUUCGCCUUCAGGCUCUGCACAUCACUAGCACCCUUGGGUUUCAAGCCAGCCUUCACACGGUGCCUACCGAUCGGCGCUGGGCUAACCGAGCAGCUCAACCGCCUUGGUGUUGUCCCCAGGAUAUGCAGUCCCAGCGCCCUUUCCUGCCCCCGGCCCCGCUCUCCUGUCCCCCACAACAGAAUCAACCAACUUGUGCCAGUGAUUCUCACUCCCCAUGUAGCUGGUUCGGCCCUUCUCUGAUCUCACCAGUAUUAUUCCAGUGGUAUCUAACAAUAAUGGUUUCCUUCUCUUUUCUAGCUAUGCACAAUAGAAAAUAUUAAUCAUGGACGUGUUGAGGGGGAGGGGGAAUGACCCCCUUCUCCGUGGAAAAUGUAUACUGUAUUGUAAAGAGAUGAUAUUUUGCAGGAAAUUAAUGUAAGAAGCAUUCAGUAUUACAGUGAGAUUCUAGACACGUUUUUAAUUAUUUGUUAGAAUACAUGGAGGGAUUUCCUCCUCUCCAUUCCCACCCCCCCCCCCCAAUUUGUUUACUGCUAUUUUCUUGGAUAUAUACUCUCCUUCUAGAGGAGGGGGGGUUAUUCUAGUAUACAUUUUUGUCUGGCUUUAUAUUUGUGUUUUGGAAUUUUUGCUGUAAAUUAUGUCUACUUUUUUUGACCAGCCUUUUUACAUACUAUGGUUCAAACACCAGUCCUGGCGUGGCUGCAAAGCGACCCGCGUGACUCUCUGGUGAUCCACAGGAUCCUACCCUGUACUCACAAGGGGCUUUGUUAAGUCCGCACCUUGUUCUCUCCAUUCAGUGCCAAUAAAGUUUAGACCAACUGAA